AUGGACGAGCGUACCAUUAUUGAGCUGUCUGAGCUCGAUCAAAUCAUGCCACGACUCUAUAUCAGAUGGCUGUUAUGCUUCCGAUUGUCGCAGGCUUCUCCGUCGAAAGACACCAUUAUCGAAACUCUACAAACUGGGAUCGAGUCAACCCUAGAAGCUCUGCCGAUACUUCGAGGGGCCGUCGUACCAAAGCCUUCAGAUCCGAGUCGAUUGGAAGUCCAUGUCCCGAGGAAAACAUCCAAGUUUGGCCCGCGAGUCCAGCAUCGAGAAGAAUUCUUUCCAACCUACGAUAUCCUCGAGAGGGCCGAGUUUCCCGUGUCCUUACUACCAGAUGAAAUCUUGACGCCGCCUGAUAUAGACUCGAAACCAGUGUUCGAAAUGAUGGCAACCUUCAUCCGAGGGGGUCUGCUACUUUGCAUCAAGUGUCACCACGCUGUGACCGACGGAGCGGGAUUAGGCCUCAUCGUCAAACUCUUGGCCAGGAACUGUUUGGAAAGCUCAAGUCCCAUCGCAAGUCCGGAAUUGAACCGAGCUCCCUCGACUGAUCGAUCACUGUUGCCACAAGCAACAGAUGAAUUCGACGAUGCUACGAACAUCGGUUUUGAGGUCGUUGAUCCCACUCCAAAGCCCGAUGCAACACCAACGAGGGAGUACGCAUCGAUGAUCCAUCACACCUUCAAGUUCUCACCCGACGCGCUCAAGACCCUGAAGGGACUCUGUACGAUUGAUUCUCGAGUCAUCAGCACGCAGGACGCCCUCACCUCUCUUCUCUACGGCGCCGUCUCGUACGCCCGUGCUGCUCGCUUCACUCGGGAGUCAACUGACCACCGAACCCUCCCAUCCGUGCUGGGAAUCGCCGUGAACGCAAGAGGCCGCAUCCCGGACGCACCCGCGUAUGCCGGAAACGCAACUCUCUACGCCGCGUUCUCACACCCAAUGCGUCUCCCAGUAGGAGAGAUACCCAGCGACUCUUUACAGGAUACCACGCUCUUGGCAGAGCGGCUCGGCUUGCCAUCUCUGGCCUCGCAGUCUCGCGCAGCGAUCACGGCCGUAACACACGGCUCUCUAGUUGCUACGAUAGCUGCUGCUGCGGCGCAGCGAGAUGCAUCCAGGCUGCAGCCGGCAUUCUCGGAUUUCUACCAGGGUACGGAUUUCUUUAUCACUAGCGGUGCCGACUUCCCCGUCUUCGAGCAGGAAUGGUGGACAGGAGGAAUAGUAGACGCGCUGAGGAUACCUCUGAAAGGACAGUGGGAUGGUUCCUCUGCCGUGCUUGCUACCAAAGACAGAGAUGCUGGUCUAGACGUCUUGCUCGGCAUGCGGGAAGACGACAUGGCCCUUGUGAAAGGGUUGUUGUUCGCAUUCGGCGCAAGAGUAGUGUAG